CUGAAAUUUGUAGUUUGAAUUGAAAUGUUUAAUCUUUGAUGCAUAUAGUUAAAAAAUGUGGAUAGUUUAUUGAAGUGUAAUUACAAAUUUUCAUACAAAUAUAAUAUAAGUUUGGAGAUUUUUUAGAUCUUUUAAUGUUAUUAUAGUAAUAUAGUACGUAGUAGUAAAUAAUCAAAUACCCAAAUUAAAAUUUCAUCUGAGGUCAAAAGUUGGCCGUAGCUACCACUCAGGGUGGAGAAAGGGGUUGGCGGUGGUCACGGCCCCUGCAAGAAAAAAAUUGUGAUGUAUUUAAUAUUUAUAUAUGUAUAAAUAUUUAUAAGUAGUAAAAAAAAUAGUGAAAAUUUAAGUUUUGGCCCCUGCUAUAUAAAUUCCUUAAGCUCCGUCCCAUGUAACCUGUCAAUUCUGGCUCCGCCACUGCUACCACUCCCAGUUAAUACGUUAGUAAGCAAUGUUGAAAUUCAAGACGACUAGCAUACCUAGGUUGAUUGUGAUUUCACUUUUGAGUUUAGAAAUCCAAUUGGUGAUGUCAUAUCACUACAACGUUGUCACGGUCGUUGUCACGGAUUUUUGUAAUUUGUUUCCAAGAAUUUUUGUCACGGAUAAAUCCGUGACAAACAGUUGUCACGGAUAAAUCUGUGACAAACAGUUGUCACGGAUUACGUCCGUGACAAAAAAUGUCCCGACGACUGAAAGUUCACUUCGGGAUAAUUUUUUUUGAUUCCGGUCAUUUGUCACGGAGGGGUCCGUGACAAAAUCCGUGAAAAAUUUCAAAAAAAUAUGUCACGGAUGGAUAUUUAAAUUUUAAAAAAAAUCCGUGACAAAACUCAAUAAUUGAUAUUCCAACGGUCACCUUGAGGUAUUUUUUAAAUUUUGAUGUCGUAUGAGUCAAUACAAAAUACUCCCUUUGUCCCAAAUUGUUUUGCAAAGUCAACAUUUUUUUGUUAACCAAUAAUAAAAGUCAAUCCUCCCUAUCGAUAAUUAAUUCAAUUUUUAAUAAUUAUAAUUUACAUAAAGUUCAUUGUCUAAAUAGAACACGGUUGGAUUAAACUCUCUCUCUAGGGUUACUCACCGGUAACGCCUAGGCAAGUCCGCUGCCGCCGAUUUCUCACCUGAUUUGUGCCGGGAGCCGUGCGCAGCGAGAGUCCUUCUUCCGAGCUUCGUUCGCGAAGCGUCGGUGCGUAAAGCUGGGUGGGUUUUUGAUUUUUCUUUGAGCUUCGUUCGAUCGAUUGCUGGACUACAUCACGUGGGGAGCAAAAUCGGACAUCGAUUGUACCGAGAGAAAGAAAGAGAAGGGUCGGUGCAUGGAAAGCGUGGUGGACAAAUACAGAAGGAUGGCUCUGGCGGAAGAGGAGGACGAUCUGGACCUUGACGAUACGGAGGAGGGAGAGGUGCCGAAGGAGGAGAGCAAGCCGGGCUUCCCAGUGGUCGGGGUUCUGUUGACGGACCGCAAGAUCCGUUUCCCGGUGAUCAAAGAGAUGAUGGCGUCGCUAUGGAGACCCGGAAAAGGCCUGCCAGUUAAAGAAGUCGGGGAGAAAAGGCAUCUCUUUACUUUUUAUCACCGUUUAGAUAUGAACCGGGUUUUGGAUGGAGGACCAUGGCAAUUUGAGAAAAUUUUACUGUUAUUAAAAGUGGUUAGACCUGAUGAUAUUCCUCAUAAAAUUGUUCUGAAUGAGGCAGACUUCUGGGUUCAGGUUCAUAAUGUGCCAUAUAGCCUGGUUAAUUUAGGUACGGCUGGGAAGGUUGGUAAUUUGAUAGGCAGGUUUAUAAAAUAUGAUGAUAACCAGAAUAGUGACAAGUGGGAGGCCUACAUGAGAAUACAUGUGUGUAUGAAUGUGGAGAAAGUCCUGAAAAGAGGUACAAACCUGAAGAAGGAUGGCAAAAGUUACUGGGUAGAUUUCAAAUAUGAGAAGUUGCCAAACUUCUGUUUUAUUUGUGGACAAAUUGGACACUCAGACAAAUUUUGUCACUUGAUCUAUGAUGAAGAUCUAGUGAUGGAGAAAAAGUUUGAAGUUCAUCUUAGAGCAGGUAGUGGAGGGAAGACGAGUCCUACAGGAGGCAACCAAACGUUACUGGAGGGUUCAUCGAGCUCUGGCAGAGACCAUAGGUAUGGGGAGGGAGCUAAAUCAGAGGAUAGGAUGAGAGACGGGAGGAAGGAUUUGGGGGCUGAAUCAGAAUAGAGUAUAACAAAGGGCGCUAGAGAAGAGAACAAGGAUGAAGCAACAGGAGAACAGAAACGCAGGAGACUCUGGGAGACACAAGGGAAUGAGCUGCAAGAGAAAGAAAGUAUGGCACUGGAUGGGACAAAAAACGGGGAGGUUGUGGGCGUCGAGCAGUAGGCCCGCCAAAAGGAGUUCAGAGCCGGAAGCAAGGAAUCUUGAUGAAGAUACACAACAAGCAGUUCGGGAGGAAGAUUAUCAUCUUUUAUUUUAGUUUUUAUUAUUUCUCACAUUAUUCAGCAUGUUUUUUAUUUGGUUUAGCUGUUGUUGUUCAUGGUUGUAAGACAUUGGAUUUGGAUGUGGGUGACUUUGGAAUUAGGGUAACCGUUUAUGCCUCAUGUGUGCCCAUUAAUGGAUCAGCGAGUUAUAUUGCUUCUGGUGAGGUGAUUAACUCUGAGCCUGGUUCGCAGGACAGCGGUUGUCAUGAUUCUAUUUGUCGGAUUACCCAUCAUAUGAAUGUUGAGAUUUCAAUUUAAGCCAAAUUCUUCCAAAAAAUAAUUAUAAUUUACAUAUUCAGAAACUACAUUAAAAUCUUUUCAAAGUUACAAACUCCAAUUUAGAAUAUAAUCAAAAAUUGACA